GUUUACGUAAACACACAGUAAUAGUGACAACAAAUCACUAAACCAUUAGUGCCUUUGCAUUACAUUUACAGUCACUUGACUUAGACAUCCAGACUCAGGUCGUUAAUGGACACCAAUACUGCAGAAGAAUGGAUCCCAUUGUCUAUAACACAUGUUUUAUAUCCAAAAGAUGACACGACGGGUCAGUUGUUGGCAUUGUUAUCACUGACACCUUUCGGGAUUGUCGUUGCAUUCAUUACAUUGUCAUUGUUUGUCCGCGACAUUCAUGUGAUAUUCUUCUUUUGCGGUCAACUACUCAAUGAAGUGCUUUGUUUAGUACUGAAGAGACUGUUUCGUCAGUCGCGACCCAUUCAAGUGGUUAACCAGAAGUAUCACUCUAACAGAUCCUAUGGGAUGCCAUCACAACACUCCCAGUUCAUGGCUUUCUUUACAUUUUAUUGUUUACUAUUCUUCAUCUUUAGACUCAAACGAAAGUCUAACAAAUUUAAAUCACUUUUAGUUUUUGCCAUAACUUUGUUAUUUAUUUUUGUGGUCUAUUCCAGAAUUUAUUUAUUAUAUCACUAUUGGAGUCAAUGUUUUGCUGGAAUAGCCAUUGGUUUACUAUUUGCCAUAAUUUGGUUUUCAAUAAUUAAUUAUGUUUUUGAGCCAAACAUAUUUGUCUUCAUUUUAAAGAUGAAAAUUAGUAGAUUUAUUGGAUUAACAAAUGUUUAUAUUGAACCAAAAAGAAGUCAUAAUAAAGAAAUAAUAAAAAAGAAGAAAUGA